CCUAAACGAAGAACCCACGGCCAGCUCAUACGAGUUUGGAGAUGACAGCAGCGGUAUGCUAGCUACCUAAAAAGAGCUAUGUUUUAAAAUGUAUUUGAAUCCGCCAACCUAGAUGGCCGCUGUCAAGUGUUAGCUACAUAUUUUCCUUGACGUCUGCUUGUCGGUGUUAGACGUCGUUGAAUGUUUUUUGAAGACCUUCGGAAAUCGAGAUCAAGAAGACUAAGAGUAGCUAGAAGCUAGCUCGCUAGUUUAGUUGGCUAGUGUAUAGUAGUGAGUGCUAGCGAGGUACGUUAACUAGUCAUCGCAGUUUUCUCUGCGCUGCUCUGACUGCAGUGUAUCCCGACCUAAGGAUUUGGGGCGUUCUUGUGUUUUGGCUAGAGUAGCUGAAAUCACCGAUCAAACCUAUCAAUAUCUACUUGACGUAUCAAUGCGCUAUGCCUCUGCGCACACGCCCUGAAAAAGAUAGGCAGUCAGCUGUUCUGUGUGGAUGGUGUUCAGAUAUAAACCCUAAUAAGUGUACGUGGCUAGCAAGUCAUAUCAGAACAGAUGUUGCAUCUUGAAACCAGACAUCAGCGCUUCUGUCUGAUGUUAGCACAGUGAGUGGGGUUUUUCUCAGUUUUAUGGGAUGCAGUGGUAGCUAGCAAGGGCUUAGCUAAUUGCUCAGUCAUGGGGGCCACUGUGUCAUGCUGCAUGUCCCCCGGAGGGAGUCCGAAAAUUCAGAGGAGAGAGUACGAGCUCGAGGAUUAUCCAAUAACCACCACUGAAGACGUUAGCGAGGACACUGGGACAUACUUACAGCACAUCAGCGACAGAGAAGUCCCCGACGAACUGGCACACGAGUCAAACCCGUCGGACCAUCCGAGAGCCAGCACCAUUUUCCUCAACAAGUCGCAGACAGAUGUGCGUGAGAAAAGGAAAAGUAAUUACUUGAAUCAUAUGUCCCCUGGGCUCCUGACAAAGAAAUACAGCUCCUGCUCCACAAUCUUCAUUGAUGACAGCACAGUGAGCCAGCCCAAUCUGAAGAGCACGGUCAAAUGUGUGACUUUGGCGAUAUAUUAUCACAUAAAAAACAGGGAUUCAAACCGCUCUGUGGACAUAUUCGAUGAGAAGAAGCACCCGUUGACUAGAGAGAAGGUUCCGGAUGACUACUCCAGUGUGGACCCAGAACACAAGCUCAUCUACCGCUUCGUCCGCACGCUCUUCAGCUCGGCCCAGCUCACCACGGAGUGUGCCAUCGUCACACUGGUGUACCUGGAGCGCCUGCUGACCUACGCUGAGAUGGACAUCUGUCCGUGUAACUGGAAGCGCAUCGUGCUGGGGGCCAUCCUGCUGGCCUCCAAGGUGUGGGACGACCAGGCCGUGUGGAACGUGGACUACUGCCAGAUCCUCAAAGACAUGACUGUAGAAGACAUGAACGAGAUGGAGAGACACUUCCUGGAGCUGCUCCAGUUUAACAUCAACGUCCCGGCCAGCGUUUACGCCAAGUACUACUUUGACCUGCGCUCUCUGGCCGACGAGAACAACCUGAGCUUCCCUCUGGAGCCUCUCAGUAACAAGCGAGCCCAGAAACUGGAGGCCAUCUCCAGAUUGUGUGAGGACAUGUACAAGGAAAUGGGCAAGACCGUCAUGAAGAGGUCCCUCAGCGUAGACAACCUAGUGGGUGUCCGAAACACACACGCCGUGCUGUCCUAGAGAAGACGGCACACACACACACACGGACAAUAACGAACCCUCUGGAACUACCCUGUGGCGUAGUUCCCCAGAAAGAGCGGGAAAGUAGACAGACGGUUUCCUUUGCUUACUAUGUAGGCCCUUUAGCUGUGAAAUAUAUCAGUUUGUAAUUGAGAUCAUUUUCAGUUGCUGUAUUUUAAUAAACUGUAUACAACA